AUGUAAAUUUGGUUGUUUGGUCUCAUGUAAAUUAUUCCUUUUGCAUACUCUUAAUGUGCUUCGAAAAAGUAUGAUGAUGGAUUGGGUGGCUGUUUAGAUUGCUAACCUUAAUGUGAAACUUGUACUACAGGAACGACUUGCGACACUUGCGCAAUCAGUUAUUAUCUAUAAGGAAGUGAUUGUUUAAAUUGUGAUCCAAAUUGUAAAGAAUGCUCUGGAAGUUCAAUUACUUGUAUUAAUUGUGAUACUGAUCAAAAUCUGUACUUAGAUUAAGUAACUAGUACAUGUAUCACAUGUGAUUUCCCAAAAUUGAAGGAUGGUAUAAAUUGUGUGGAUACAUGUCCUGUUUAUAUCAAUCCAAAUGAUUCAACUUGUAUUUCUACUUGUACUGAGGAUUGUAUUACUUGUUAAGACUUUAGCAAUUUUUGUUUGACUUGUGAUACAAACAUGUAUUUAAAUGAAACUACAAAUAAAUGUUAAAUUGAUUGUGAUUCAAAUUGUGAAACAUGUUUGACAACUAUAACAAAUUGUCAAACAUGCUAUACUGGAUAUUACUUAGACAACAUAACAAACUCAUAUGGAAUUUGUAAAUAAUGUAAUUCUCCAUGUAUUGUUUGUUAAUCUCCUUCAGAUUAAGAAAUUUGCACUAAUUGUUAAAGUAGUUAUUAUUUAGAUGGAUUACAGACUUGUUAAGAAUGUGAUUCAAAUUGUUUUGAAUGUACAGGUCCAUUAAAUACUGAAUGUACAUCAUGUAUAUUAGGAAAGUAUUUAUAAACAAGUGGAUCUGAUAAAACUUGUGAAUUAUGUGUAUCUCCUUGUGAAAAUUGUUAAACAGAUAUUUUAUGUGAUAGUUGUGUUACUGAAUAUUAUUUAAAUGGUUCAAGUUGUGAUCCAUGUACAAAUCCUUGUUUGACUUGUGAGACAACUGCAACAUAUUGUUUAAGUUGUUUACCAAGUGAUAAUAGAGAUUUAGAUAAUAAUCUAUGUAUUUGUUAACCAAAUUUUUUUGAUUAAAAUAAUGGAGAUUAUGAAUGUUUACCAUGUGAUGGUAAUUGCAAAACUUGUAUAGAUUAAGAUACUAAAUGCACUAGUUGUUAUGAUAAAUUUUAUUUAGAUUCAAAUGUAUGUUAACCUUGUCAUUGGAAUUGUUUAACAUGUGAAACAACAUCUACUCAUUGUUUAUCAUGUGAUGAAGUUGUUAAUUUAAGGGUAUUAGAUAAUAACUAAUGUGUAUGUUCUAGUGGUUAUUACUAUACAGAUUCAUAAUAAAUAUGUACUUAAUGUGUUGAACCAUGUGAAAAUUGUUUUAGUGGAAAAGAUUCAAAUGGAAUUGAUUAUAAUGGAACUCAAUGUACUUCUUGUAAAGCUGUAUUCAAUAGAUAUUUAAGUGGAAAUAUAUGUGUUUGUAAAUAAGGAUAUUUUGAAGCUGGCUUUUUAACUUGUUAACCAUGUGCAUCAUAUUGUGUAUCAUGUAUUACAAGUGAUAUUGAUUGUGAUGUUUGUAAACCUAAUUCUAAUAGAGAUAGUACUAAAAAAUGUUAAUGUCUUGAUGGAUAUUUUGGAACAGAUAUAGUAUGUUAACCAUGUUAAUCUCCAUGUUUAACUUGUGAAAUUACAAACACACGUUGUCUCUCUUGUAUUACUGGUAUUUAUAGAGUAUUAAGUUCUAAUGCUUGUGUGUGUUAAUCUGGAUAUUAUGAAACAACUGUAUCUCCAAAAGUUUGUUAACCAUGCACAUCACCUUGUGCCACUUGUAAAUUUUACCCUGAUAAAUGUUUCAGUUGUAUAACUAAAUAUUAUUAACCAACUGGUUAAUUAUUAUGCUUACCUUGUGUUUAACCAUGUGAUGAAUGUGCUCCUAAUGAUGGUACAAAGUGUAAAACAUGCCUAUCUAAUUAAAAUAGAGAAGUAUUAAAUCAAGUAUGUGUCUGUAAAAUUGAUUAUUACUAACUUGAUAAUACAAAUCCCUGUAUUAAAUGUGUUGAUCCUUGUUAUGAAUGUGAAGAUGAUGGAGAUGGAACAUAAUGUAUUUAAUGUAAAGCAGGAGAUAACAGAACUGUCGAUACCAAUAAAAAAUGUAUUUGUAUUAACAAUUACUAUUCAUAAUUAUCAUCAUUCAUAUGUUUGACUUGUAUUAGUCCUUGUUUAGAAUGUUUAGAUGAUACACUUGCUCUCCCAGCAGAUGGAACAUAAUGUGUUACUUGUUAAGAUGGACUUAAUAGAAUUAUUGAUGAAACCAAUCAUAUUUGCAAUUGUCUAGAUGGAUACUAUGAAAAAACUGGAGUUUUAGCUUGUACUUAAUGUACUCCUCCCUGUUAUGAUUGUGCUGAUUAUGGAACUGGUACUGAAUGUACAACUUGCCCUCCUGGAUCAUUCAGAAUUGUUGAAUCAUAACUUUGCAUAUGUUAAGAUGGAUAUUAUUAAGUUGGUACAAAUGUUAUUUGUAGUUAAUGUAAUUACACUUGUUAAAAAUGUUAUAAUUUUGAAACUGAAUGUCAUCUUUGUAAUCCUCUAAAACAUCGUAUUCCUAUUGGUAAUACUUGUAUAUGUCAAGAUAACUAUUAUGAUAAUAUGACAAAUGAUUAAGAUUGUAAAUCUUGUACAAGUCCAUGUGAAUAAUGUCAUAUGAAUACUGAUGGUACAAAAUGUAAAACAUGUUUACCAGGUCUAAAUAGACAUUACUCAAAUUAUUAAUGUAUUUGUGAUGAUGGAUACUUUGAAUUCAAUGCUGUUUGUAUUAAAUGUCAUUAAACAUGUUUGACAUGUAAUAAUUCAUAUUCAUGUCUAACAUGUGAUACAACUAAAUAUGAUUCACUUACAUUUAGAAAUGGAUUUGCUUGUUUUUGUAAAUAAGGAUUUGAAAUGAAUUCAUUAGGAUAAUGUGUUUAAUAAUGCCCUAUUGAUUGUGCAACUUGUAAUUUAAACACCUGUUUAACUUGUAAUAGCAAUAGAGUUUUAUUAAAUGGAAGAUGUGUUUGUGCUUUACCUGAUAAUUCAAGAAUAUGUAGAGCUUCUUGUUAAGAUAUUAACUUUGGAAAAUUAGCUGCAUCUUUACUAUCUCCAAGUUCUAAUGUUCUAUUAUCAAAAUUAAAUGCAAAUUCAUUAUCUCCUGCUACUAUAGUGAUGGAUACUACUAUUGAUUCCUCUAUUUCUUGUUCUCUUAAAAGUACAUUAUAAUAAGGCAUUAUUUCAACUGAUAAAAAUAACUAUAAUGCUCUGAUGUUCAAAACAUAACAAUUUCAAAUUGAAUAAAGUCCUUUCGGUGAUUAAGCCUCUUAUUUCCAUUUUAUUAAUGAUAAUGCUAGAUAUUUACUCUUUUAAAAAGAUGCUACAAUUUUAAAUUUAAGAAUGAGAUACUAAUUUGCUACAAUUGCAAAUAAUGAAAAUAUUCAAAGUAAUGCUGUACCUAAAUCAACUCUAAAUUAAUAAAUAAUAACAUUCAAUAUAGAUGAUUCAUAUACUGUUGUAUUAGUAUUUACUUACAAUAUUAACAAUCCUCCAACAAUUUCAAGUUCUAUUAUAAGUACAAUAUAUUAAUUAAAUAUUGAAUUCAGUUCUGCUUAAUAAGUAAUUUUAUUAACAGAAUUUUAUGUUAGUAGUACUACUUUUAAUGCUGCUACAAAUUCAUAAAUAAUAACUAUAUCAAAUUAUAUUGGUCAAUUAUAUUGGUAAGGUAGAGCAUUUGAAUGCAUCCCAUAUCUUAAAAAUGUUAAAUAAACAUUUUGGGAAAAUCAUCAAUUUUUACUUGAAGCUAUACCAACUAAUUUAUUACCAUUAAAAGUGACUGAUGGAUCCAAUUAUAUUGCUACAGCAUUCUCUUCAAGUAAAUUUACUGCAAAUAGUGCAUUAAUUUAAUUAAAUAAUAUAAAUAUCAAUUAUUAAACAGCUUCUAUAUAAUAUGAUAGUAAUGGAUUUUCAUAUUUUACUGUUUAAUUUCCAGAAAUAUUAGUAUUUGGAUUACAAAUGUAAACAUAAUUUACAUUCAAUCAAUUUACUAUUUAACAUUUUAUUACUAGUGGAUAUUAAAUUAAUAAUUAAUAACUUACUUAUUCAAGUAAUUAUGGUUAAUUUAUUGGAUAUAUGGUUGAUAUUUAUGGUACAACAUCUGUUAAGACAUUAAUAUUUGGUUAUAAUUAAGGACAUACAUUCAAUGUAAUUUAAAAUGCUAAUAAUGUUUUGAUAACAGUGAGUGGAGCUAAUGUAUAAUAAAUUAAUUUUGCAAUUAUGGCCUUUGAUGAUACAAUAAUGAAUAAUUCAUAUCAAACCAUUUUUGAAUAAUACAUUUAAUUGUUAAUAUUAUCAAUUGAAUUAUCUACUAGAACACCUUUACGAUUUAUAAAUCAAUAUUGGAAGUUGUAUCCUUUAUCAAUUACUGGGACAUUUGAAGCAUUAACUGAAUAAAUAGGAGGGUAUUAUAUAAAUACAGGAACAAAUGCAAUAAAUAGUAAAUAUCCUUUUGAUGUUUCACAUAAGAUUAGCACAAAUCUCAAAUAAAAUAUUAUAUAUACUAAUGGAUAUUUAGUAAAUGGAGAUUCUGCCUUUGGUAAAUUAACUAAAUACUUUACAUAAGCUAAUGAUAAAUUUAUUUUAGGAGCAUAAUUAAACAAUAUUCAAUACAUAUCAAUUUCAAUUACUUCAACAGAUACAUUUGUGUCUUGUUCAUAAUCAGAAUAUAUAUAUUAUGAUAUAUAUGCAUAUAUAAGUUAGUGUAAGAGGACUGAAUUCUAAAUAUAUUAAAUAUUUAUUAUAAAUUUGAAUGAAUAUGAUAGCUCUAUUGCAUUAUAACAAAGUAGUACUGAAGUGAAGAUAGCCAAUAUUUAAAAAGUCAGAUAAUUGUAUUAUUUAAUGGUAGUAUCUAAAAGUUCUAAUAAUUUGAAUACUAAUGCAAUAAUAUAGGAUAUCUAUUAAGGAAUAUUAAAAUCGACUGGAUUUUUUGGCUUUGAUUUUUAGUGUUUGACUUACAAUGAUGAUCUAUAAUGUGAUACAUAUAGAAAUGGAUAUAAGACAUCUAUGAGCAAUGAAUUUGAUGNACUGCAAAUAGUGCAUUAAUUUAAUUAAAUAAUGUAAAUAUCAAUUAUUAAACAGCUUCUAUAUAAUAUGAUAGUAAUGGAUUUUCAUAUUUUACUGUUUAAUUUCCAGAAAUAUUAGUAUUUGGAUUACAAAUGUAAACAUAAUUUACAUUCAAUCAAUUUACUAUUUAACAUUUUAUUACUAGUGGAUAUUAAAUUAAUAAUUAAUAACUUACUUAUUCAAGUAAUUAUGGUUAAUUUAUUGGAUAUAUGGUUGAUAUUUAUGGUACAACAUCUGUUAAGACAUUAAUAUUUGGUUAUAAUUAAGGACAUACAUUCAAUGUAGUUUAAGAUGCUAAUAAUGUUUUGAUAACAGUGAGUGGAGCUAAUGUAUAAUAAAUUAAUUUUGCAAUUAUGGCCUUUGAUGAUACUAUAAUAAAUAAUUCAUAUCAAACCAUUUUUGAAUAAUACAUUUAAUUGUUAAUAUUAUCAAUUGAAUUAUCUACUAGAACACCUUUACGAUUUAUAAAUCAAUAUUGGAAGUUGUAUCCUUUAUCAAUUACUGGGACAUUUGAAGCAUUAACUGAAUAAAUAGGAGGGUAUUAUAUAAAUACAGGAACAAAUGCAAUAAAUAGUAAAUAUCCUUUUGAUGUUUCACAUAAGAUUAGCACAAAUCUCAAAUAAAAUAUUAUAUAUACUAAUGGAUAUUUAGUAAAUGGAGAUUCUGCCUUUGGUAAAUUAACUAAAUACUUUACAUAAGCUAAUGAUAAAUUUAUUUUAGGAGCAUAAUUAAACAAUAUUCAAUACAUAUCAAUUUCAAUUACUUCAACAGAUACAUUUGUGUCUUGUUCAUAAUCAGAAUAUAUAUAUUAUGAUAUAUAUGCAUAUAUAAGUUAGUGUAAGAGGACUGAAUUCUAAAUAUAUUAAAUAUUUAUUAUAAAUUUGAAUGAAUAUGAUAGCUCUAUUGCAUUAUAACAAAGUAGUACUGAAGUGAAGAUAGCCAAUAUUUAAAAAGUCAGAUAAUUGUAUUAUUUAAUGGUAGUAUCUAAAAGUUCUAAUAAUUUGAAUACUAAUGCAAUAAUAUAGGAUAUCUAUUAAGGAAUAUUAAAAUCGACUGGAUUUUUUGGCUUUGAUUUUUAGUGUUUGACUUACAAUGAUGAUCUAUAAUGUGAUACAUAUAGAAAUGGAUAUAAGACAUCUAUGAGCAAUGAAUUUGAUGUAUCAUAAAAUUUAGUUACUGAUGUUUAAAAUAUGAAUGGUAAGAAGUGUAAUUACUUUAAUUUUGAUAAUGCUGUUACUAUUCUCAAAAAUAAUAAAAAUAAUUUGAAUACUAUAAUAAGUGGUCAAAUUAUAAAUUCUGUAUAGCCUACAGUUAAGGAUUACUAUUUUUAAUAUGAUGCUUUAGAAAUUGGGAGAUUGACAUCUUCAGCAUAGCCAAAUGAAUAUGUAUUUGCCCCAAAAGCUGGAUAACAAGAAGUUUAAAUGAUAACACCUACAUUUUUUGGUGCUUAAUCAUAAAUCUACUAAUAUAUUAAGAAUAUGUUAUCAGUAACUUUAAUUGAAACAAAUAUUGAUGAGAUUAUUAUUGAUAAUAAGCUUGCUACUAAUAAUCGAGGGUAGAUGAAGACUAUUUCCUACUAUUUAAGUAAUUAUGGUAUAGUAUAUAAUUCUAUCUGUGUUACAACAUACGAUACGCAGAUUUUCCCUAAUACUUAUGAAUGCUUCCUUCGACCUUUGAAUUCAGAUUUUGAUGCAAUUGAUAUGUAGUUGACUGCUCCUCUCUAAAAUCUAAAAUACAAGAUAAAUUAAAAAAAUAACAUUAUGUUAAUAUAUAUGCUUUUAGCUGAUUUUGGAGAGAUACCUACUACAUAAAAUAAAAUUUAAUCAUUUAGUCAGUAGAUUUAUGAAUAAAUAUUGAAUUCAGUAUAAAAUGAUUAAUGUAAAUGUUGGGGUAGAUAUAGAUAAAAGGAAAAUAAUUGUAGAUGCUAAGAUGGAUAUUAUCCACCAGCAGAUACAUCAUUUGGAUUACUUGAUUGCUAACCUUGUGAUUACAAAUGUCUAACAUGUUAAUUUACUAAAACAUAAUGUAUAAGUUGCCCAUUGAAUUCAAAUAGAGUAUUAGACUUGGUUUCUUAUACUUGUGAAUGCAAGAAAGGUUAUUUUGAAUUAGGAGUUAUUUUAUGUAGUUUAUGUCACUAUUCUUGUGGAAAAUGUAAUACAUUAGCUGAAAAAUGUACUGAAUGUGACAUUCUACAUCAUAGGACUUGGGAUAAUGUAAAUUUUCUAUGUAAUUGUAAUGAUGGAUAUUAUGAUGAUGGAAGCAAUUCAAUUUGUGCAAAAUGUGAUCAUAGUUGUAGUAAAUGUAAUUAAGCAGGUAAGAUCUGUUAAGCUUGUGUUUUAUCUGUAUUUAGAACUCAAUAGGCAGAUAAUACAUGUCCAUGUGAUGCUGGAUAUUAUGAUGAUGGUGCUAAUUCUUUAUGUUAACCUUGUGAUUAUACUUGUUAUAAAUGUGUAGAUAUUCCAACUAAAUGCACUGAUUGUAAAGUUAAUUCACAUAGAACAUUGUCUAAUAAUGUGUGUAGUUGUGAUACUCAUUAUUAUCAUGUAAAUCUACUUUGGGAUUGUUAACAAUGUUCAAUUUAUUGUAAAAAUUGUACUGGGACAGCUAGAAAUUAAUGUAUCGAUUGCCAAGAUGUUUAGAAUAGAUAUUUAGUUGGUACAAGUUGUGAAUGCAAAGAUGGAUUUUUUAAAGAUACUUUAGAUUCAGCUACUUGUCCUCCUUGUGAUUAUUAAUGUAAGACUUGCAGUGUUUAGAGUAAUUAAUGUUUAAGUUGUGAUUUGACUUCUAAUCGACUUUAUGAUUCAUUCAAUAAAACAUGUACUUGUAAAGAAGGAUAUUUUGAUGAUGGAGUAAAUGGAACAUGUUAAUAAUGUUCAUAUAGAUGUAAAACUUGUCAGAAUAAUUCUAAUUAUUGUUUGAGUUGUCCUUUAAAUACAAAUAGAAAGUUUGAUGCUGUUACUAAUACUUGUAAAUGUUAACCAUCUUUUUCAGACACUGGUGUAGCUGUUUGUAUGAAAUGUCAUGCAAGUUGUUAAGAAUGCUAAAUUUCAACAACUAAUUGUACAUCAUGCAACACUAACAAAACCUUCAGAGUAGACAAUAGUUUGAUUGAUAAUACUUGUCCUUGUUAAUCUGGUUAUUUUGAUGAUGGAAUGAAUAUGGUUUGUAAAUUAUGUCAUCCAUAAUGUAACACUUGUUCUAGUUUUUCUAUUUGCACUUCAUGUAAUACCUCUUUUGGAAGAAUUGAUAAAAGUAAUAUUAAUAACACAUGUCCUUGUAAUGAUGGAUUCUUUGAUGAUAAUAUUAAUAAACAAUGUUAGUUAUGCAAUUAUAGUUGUUAAACAUGUAUUGAAAAAAAUACAAAAUGUGUUACAUGUAAUACUACUGGAACAUAGAGAUCAAAGUCUAUAGAUUCUUGUCCUUGCAAUGUUGGAUAUUAUGAUGAUGGAACUAUGAUUUGUCAACCUUGUAAUUUUAAAUGUCUUACUUGUAAAUAAACUAGUGUUUCAUGUACUUCAUGUCCAACAAGUAGAUAAGGUUCAGAUUGCUCAUGUAAGAUUGGUUAUAUAGAAAGUGGAUCCAAAGAAUGUACUGCUUGUUAAUUUAAAUGUGGAUCAUGUACUUUGGCUGAUUUAAAUAAAUGUUUAUCUUGUAACUUAAAUAGAACCAAUCCUCCUACUUGUGAAUGUGAAACUGGUUAUUAUGAAUUAGAUAACUAAUGUUUAAAAUGUCCUAAUUAAUGUCUUUCUUGUGAUGUUACUGCUACUUGUUUUAAUUGUAAAGGUGACAGACUCAAUAAUCCUAUUUGCAAUUGUCCAGACGGUUAUUAUGAAGAUGAAAUAUCAAUAAAUUGUACACCCUGUUAUGGAUUUUGUGCAACAUGCAAUAUUGACAAAUGCAUGACUUGUUAAGGAAAUAGAAUCUUAUAACCAAAAUAAUGUGAUUGUCCUGAAAAUUCUAUAAGUCAUCUUAACAUUCCCUUUUGUUCAAAUUGCCAAGUGGCAGUCAUAUCAGCUUAAUUCACAAGUGAUUUAAGCAUUAUUUAUAUCACUUUUCCAUUCAAUGUACAAUAUCCAUCUGUCAAAAAAUUUUCUUCUUCAUAAGCUUGUUAAAUGACAUUUAAAACUAGUACUUAUUAAGCUCUAGGAUAGUCUCCAUUAUGUACAAUUAUUCAAGGCAAUACAUUACAAAUUGAAUUAUCUGAAGGCAGUAGUAUAACUAUUGAUUCUUAAAUUGAUUUCAAAGAGGACUUUAUUACUAAAACUGGGUGCAGUGAUACAUUAACUAAAUUUAUAUUAUCAAGCUUUACUUACAAUCCAGUCCAAUUGAAUCCUCAAUUUGAACUCUCUUCUUACAGUGAUUAAAUCACUAUCUGUUAAGAUAUUCAAAUAAAUAUUCUCAAUAAGAUUGUGGAUGGAAAGAGAGCCUUUACAGAAGUAGUUUGGACUAUUGUUAAUAUGAAUCCAUCAAUAUAAUCAGUUGCUUAAUAUCUAUCAUAACUAUUAGCAGAAGCGAAUGCUAAAAAUUAUCAGUCUAUUACUAUUGCUGCUCUUUCUCUAAGUGAAUAUGGAACUUAUGUAAUUUAAUUAAAGGCUAAAAAUUUCAGAGGAUAAAUUUAUACCGCUUAAACAUCCAUCUAAACUGCAUCAUAUGAAUCACCAAUUAUUAAAUUAGAUUCUAAUUAAUAAUUUAUUUUUGGAAGAUGGGAAGAUUUAUCAUUUACAAUCCAGCUAAAACAUCUAUCUUGUUAUUCAGAUAAAGUAAUUGAAGUUUUUGAUGCUUUAAGAGUAAAUUGGACUGAAGUUGCAAAAACACCAAAUGAUACAGUAAGUAUUCUCAAAGAAUCAGUCAUCUCAGAAACAGAUGGAAUGACAUUUUUAAAUACUUUAUUGAUUCCAGCAUAUACAGCUGUUAUUGGAUCAUCUUAUACCUUAUGUGUGACAGUAUCAUUAACUAAUAAACCUAUCAAGACAUCGCUAUAAUUUACAAUAACAAUAAUUAGUAGUCCUAUGUAGGCUUACAUUUAAGGUGGAACAAGAACUUAAUCUUUUAAUGAUUAUGCAAUUUUAAAUGGGUUCUGUAGGGAUCCUGAUCUUGAUUAUCCAUGGAACAAAGAUCCUGAUAUAACAUUUAAUUGGAGAUGUAUAAAUCUGGCUACUGGUUAAAAUUGCACAGAUUCAAAUAAAGAACCUUUAGAAUUAAAUGUAACUGAUUCUACUCAAACUUUUAAACCUAGAGUCUUAGAUCCCUAUUAACCACUAUAAUUCAUGAUGAAAAAUACUAAAAAGUCAAUUAUAUUAAUUACUUAAAUUAUUUUGUUGGUUAUUGAAAAUGAUUUACCUAAUAUUUAAGUAAGUUAUCCAUCAGGAUAUGAUAGUAGAGAAAUAUUAUUACAUGAGGAACUUAAUUUUACUUUAGCAACAACUGUUGAUCCUGAUUCCUUAAAGUAUUUUUGUUAAAUUGUUUACAAUUAUAAUAUUGUAGCAUCAUUUACAUUUAAGUUUUUAUAAGUUAAAUUCCGUAUUUGGGACUAUUGGGAAGAUACUGAUCAAUCAAUAAAUGGAAUCUAAAUUAAAAUGGCUGCUAAAGAUGUUUAUCAUUUCAUGCCUUCAAGCACUUCAGUUAACUUAUUAUUGAAUAUUCCUCCUGAAGGUUGUAGAUUUUCAGUAACUCCAUCUUCUGGAACAUCUAUAACUGAUCUAUUUGUUUUGUCAGUUACCAAUUGUAAUGAUUUUUAGCUUCCUUUAUAAUAUCAAUUUCAUAUUUAUUCAAGUCAAAAAACAUUAGAAAAUGAUAAUUUAAUAGGAGAAACAAUAAAUAAAAAGUCAAUAACAGAUAAAUAAUCAAAUCCUUAAUUAUAAUUAGUAUUACCAACUCCUAUAAAUCCUGAUAGUAGUAUAGCUUAUGAAUUAGUACUUGUAGCUAGUAUUUUUGAUAAUAAUAAUGGAAUGAAGAAUCUUACAAAAACAGUUAAAAUUAAUAGUAUUUAUUAAAAAGUAGAAACAUCAGAUUUUUAAUCUAUUUUAUUAUAAAUUAGAAGAGCACUUAAAUUAAGUGAUACAAUAGAUGAAUCAUCCCUUCCUUCAUUAUUUAUUGGAAGUUAAGAAUUAUCAACUUUAUAUAAUUAAUUAUAACCAGAAAAAAAAGCAUAAAUGAAAAGUAUUCUUAAAGAUAUUUAUAAUAUUUUAUAAUCAUUUUAAGGUAAAAUGACAAGUAAAGUUUUAGAAGAAUCACUUUUAUCAUCUAUAGCAGCUAUUGGUAGAACUGGUAUUAAUUAUGAAAUGGAUGAUUCUGAUGUUGUUGAUUUUUAUACAAUUAAAUAAUAAAUUAAGAAAACAGUUAAAUAAUUAAAUAGAUAAAUUAAUGAAUUAGAUUAUUUUUUAAAAUAAAAAUCAAAAUCUGGAGGAUCAACAUCAAAAUUUGAAGAUGCUAUUAAAGCAUUAGAUAAUACUUUAUUAAAUAGUGGUUUUGUAACUGAUACUAUAUUUAAUGCAAUUAAAAAUAAUUAAUUUUAAGGAGCAGAUGUUACAGAUGCAGAUGUUAAUUUAUUAAAAGAAUAAAUAUAAUAAAUCAAUAAAUUAGUAGCAAUUGCUACUUUAAAAAGAAGUUUAGCUAAUGAAAAACCUAGAUAAUAUGCAGGUUAAUAAAUGGGUAUGUAAGCAUAUAAAUCUACACCUGCUUAAAUUGUUUCAGUUUUAGGCAAUAAGAUUGUUCCUCUCUUUUUUGGAGCAGAAUCUCAAACAGAUUAAGAUAUUUAAGGAACUGGUAGUGAUGAUAAUUUAAAUUUAGAAGAAGAAGAAGAUGAAAUAAAUUAUGAUGAAUAUCUUUCUAUUUUAAAUGGAACAUAUAAUAAAAAUGACACAAAUAGUACAAAUAGUACAACUAAUACAAAUAGUACAAAUAAUACAAAUUCAGGAGGUUAAAGAAGACUUCUUUAAUUUGUUGAUUGGAUUUAAAAUAAAAAUAAUGUUGAUUAUUUAAGAAAUUUAUAAUAAAUAGAUCCUGUUGCUGUUAAAUAAUAUGAAGUUAGUAUGUCUAAUUUUGCAACAAGUCCUAAUUUAAAUGAUCCUAAAUUUUAAACUUAGCUUAAAGUUAAUUAAACAAAUGAAGUUUCAAACACAUCAAAUAUAACUCGUGAUUAAUCAAUAGUUAGUAAUUUUGGUACAAUAUAACCAAAUAUCACAAUGACAGAAGAUGGUUAAAGUACAGAAAUAAAAACACUUGAUGGUCAAACUAUUAAAUUAUCAUUUCAAGCUCCAUAAAAUGAUAGUGCUAAUUCAACUAUGGAAUGCUUUUCUGAAGCAAAAGAUACUUGGGAAACUGGUACAUGUAAAAUAAAGAAAGAUGUGGAUUCUAAAGGUAAUAUAGCAUAUGUUUGUGAUUGUGUUGUAGUUAAUCCAACAACAGUCAUAACAAAAUUAGAUAGUUUUAUUUCAAAUAAAUUAAAUACAGUAUUCAAUGCUGAUUCUUUUGACAUCUUUUUACAAAUUUAGUUUUGGAAAUAUGCAAUUUUCUAUAUAGCUAUUGGAUUUACAGGUGCUUAUGUAGCACUCAUGGUUGUUGGAUUAAGAAAGGACAAUUAGGAUUUUAUAGAAGAAAUUACUAAGGAAUUAUAAUUUACUGAUGAAAACGUUCCUGAAAACAUAAAACAAUUGAAAAAAGAAAUAAAAGAUCUAGUAAUUGUGGAGUAGAGUAAUGAAAACUCAAUGGAUGUAGAAGAAGAUAAUAAACCAGUAGUGAGGAAAGAAGAUAUGAACAAAUUAGCUUUAUUUACUUUAAAGGCUUAAAGCGAUUUGGAGUUAAAAAAAGAUGAUGAAGGUAAUUUAAUAGUUCCUGAAGAGAGGGAUGUCAAUAUUCUAAAUUAGAGAGAGAUUCAAAGUUUAUAAGUCGAAAGAAAUAGAAAUAAAAUAAAUUUUAAAUAAGUUCAAGAUUAAUUAUAAUAACAUUAAUUAUAUAAUCCUACAACAAAUAAAUAAUCAGGAAGAGCAACAGAAUUAUCAAAAGUAAUAAAAAAUGUAUAUACAAUUCAUGAUUUAAAAUAUUAACAUGGUUAAUAAAUAAAACUUAAACCAUUAACUUUAAAAGUACUUUGGGAAGGAAUAUUGGUAAUAUUUUAUAUAUUAAUAUUAGACUCUUCAUAGAGUAUUAUAAAUAUUGAUGUUAUAUGAUGAUAUAAUAAGUAGACCAGCUAGAUUUGCUUUAAUAUAUGCUAAAACUAUUUUAGUAUUAGCAUUAUCUGCAUUAUUUUCAGGUAAUAUGGGACCUGUUUAUGGUACUCUUAUAUCAGUUGGAAUUGGUUAAGUUAUUAAUGUUAUUUUAUCUAUUAUUACAGUUACAAUGAAAGCAUCACCAAUUCUUAAAUUUUUAGGUAUUUUAUUAACAAUUGCAAUUUCUGCUGUUUGUUGGUUUAUUGUAUUAAUGCUUUCUGCAAGUAUGGAAGAAACAUAAGUAUUUUUUAUUAUUAAUAUUAUUUUAGGCAAAUAUGUGGGCAGUUUAAUUUGCAUCAACAUAAGUUAUUGAUCUAAUCAUAGUUGAAUUCCUUGUUAUUUCUCUUAAACUUGCUAUCUAUCCUUGGGCAAUUAAGGCAUUAAAUAAUCCUGAAGAAAGUGCCUCUAAAUUUUUAGCCAAUUUAGUUUUUAUAAUUGUUGCCCAACCAUAGAUUUAGAAGUUUUUUGAGGUGGAAGAUAAACACGAAGAUAAUUUAGAAGCCUGA